AUGGCCACCCACUCCGACUACAACGACAUUAAAACCACUGCCAAGGACAGUGCCGUCGGCGUCUACAAUUAUGGACAGCGCCAGAUAAACCGUGUCGUCAGCUUCGACACCAGACAGAGAGCCUAUUCCAACGUCUCCAACUUCGCUCAGGAGCGACCCCUCCUCUUCGCCUUCAUCGUUGCCCAAGCCAUCUUCUCCUCCCUGCCCAUCAUCGUCUUCUCGACCUUUGCCGUCUCCACCAUCGUCUUCGCCCUUGGUGCUGCCGUCAUCUUCGCUCUAUUCUGGGUCGGCGUCGCCCUCCUUGUUCUCGUGCCCACGCUCUUCUUCACAUGCUCCGUUGGCAUCCUCGUUUGGACCUGGGCCGCUGGAAGUUACCUUCUUGCUAGAUGGCUCUACGAGAUGUCUCCCGUCAGUGCCAAGGGCGGCCUUGAGGUUGAAACGCCCAAUGGCCAGAAGUUCGUUGUCGGUAAGGACGAGGACGGCUUCGAGGCUCAUAAGGUCAAGGGACGGCCUUAG